AAAAACGCGAUGACGUCAAAGGCGUAGGGAUACUAGUGAGCAUGCGCGAUUCAUCAACCACGGCGUUAAGGCUGUUAUUGUCUGCUGAGAUACUGCGAAAGAAGCAUUAAAAAUGUCAGGGUUCCUUGAUAACAUCCGAUGUGGAGAGUGUGAGUGUGUUGAUUUGGGAGAGAAAAGGAACACGCUGGCCUCAAUAGCAGCUGGAGUCCUGUUUUUUACAGGAUGGUGGAUUAUCAUUGAUGCAGCAGUGAAGUAUCCAGAUAUGGAAACGUUUAACCAUUCAUAUCAUGCUUGUGGGGUAAUAGCCACUGUUGCAUUUCUGAUGAUCAAUGCAGUAUCAAAUGGACAGGUGCGAGGUGACAGUUAUAGCGAAGGUUGCCUUGGGCAAACAGGUGCUCGUAUCUGGCUGUUCAUUGGUUUCAUGCUUGCUUUUGGAUCCCUGAUUGCUUCCAUGUGGAUUCUUUUUGGAGGUUAUGUUGUUCCUCAGAAGCAACAGGUGUACCCAGGUAUAGCGGUGUUUUUUCAGAAUGCCUUCAUAUUUUUUGGAGGCCUAGUGUUCAAAUUUGGACGCACAGAAGACCUGUGGCAGUGAUUGGUUUUUGUUUCUUAUAAUUUGCACAUUUUUGAAAAUGUCUUCGUUGCAUUGGCACAUUACUAUAUUUUUCAAAUGUACUAUAAAAUGUUUUCUAAAAUGCUGUCAGUUUCUUUUCGUCCAUUCCUGUAUAUACAAGUAAAUUGGAGACAGCCAGUUGAAUGUUACUUUAAGUCAUUUUAACUUCCUGGAACUGUGUGUGUUUUUUUUUUUUGUUUUGUUUUUAUGACACGCACACAGAAGCUUUUGUUACCAACCCUUUAAUUUUUUUAACCAAAAGGUCCAGUGUUUGAAAUCUUUCACUGCAAAGAAGUGGUAUGUAACAUUCUUGUGUUACAGUACAAACAUUAUGAAGCUAAAAGCUGUAACCUUCUCAGUCCAGCAGUAUCGGGCAAAAGGCAGUCACCAAUAUAGUACUAGUUGUCACAGGGCACAUUCACUCAUGCACACACAUACACAGACACACACACACAGCUACAUGAUGCCAAUUUCAAGUCCUCAAUCAACCUAUGUGCAAACUCUGCACUGACUGUAACUGAAUGUGGGAUAUAAACCCCUAUUGUUGGGCCCCCCAAAAUCCUGUAGAUAAUAACUAUUUAAUAUGAUGUACCUUUUAAAAGAAAGAGUACAUAGCAUUAUACAAUUUUACUAUCUUUUAGUCCAAAAAAUGUCUAUGUACUGUAUAAAUCCUACAGUGUAAGAUAUUACUGUAGAAUGUUGUUUUUUCCACUAAUUCUUAGCUCUUACUUUUUUCCCCACUAUUACUGCGUUAUGCUUGUUAUUUUAUAAUUGUUUUUCAACUAUGAGCUGUGUUUUUUUUUUUUUUUUUAAGCUUUGAGACAUACUUAUUGCUAUGCUUAUUCCAGGAAACCUUGUGGAAACUCCUUCUGCAUUUAGAUAGCUGAAGAGCAUAUUUCGUUAACACAACGCAUAUCUAAAAUAUAGAACCUUAUGUUUACCUAUGGUGUUGUUCAGAGGCAUAGAGAUAUGUGGCUAUAGGGAUUCAUAUUUUUGCAUGAACUGUUACAUGUGAAAAUGCAAUAAAACAAACAAAUGCAGAAAAUAAUACAUUGUAUUUAUAUAGCACCUUUCCCAUGCUCAAGUCAUUUAAGAUACAAAUAUUUUCUACAUAGAACAAUAACCAAAUAAAUACAGGAUAUACAAAGCAUAAAUAGAAUAAAAGAAAAAAUAAGCCAGAGUAUAAUACCAAAUUCAAUACUAAAAGAAAUUCCCGUACAAAUCACAUGUGUGAUAUUAAACACACACACACACACACAAAUUAUCCUGAGCAUCUUGACAGCGGUUACCUAAAAGAAGGGGCAGAGUGUUAGGUUAAGUUAAAAGCCUUCCUGAACAUAUGACUUUGAAGUUAUUUUUCAAAAGAAUGAAUGGAGUCAGCUGAUCUAAUUCAUUUCAGGAAGUCUGGAUGCUUGAGAGCUAAAGGCGCUGUCACCCAUAGAGUGCAGGUCAGUACGGGGCACAAGAAGAUUGUCAGAAUCAGAGGACCUUAGUGGGCAAACAGGAGUGUAACGAUGGAGAAGGUCACUGAUGUAGUCCGGUGAGAGGCCAUUUAAAGCUUUGUAGGUUAUUAUAUUAGACUAGUCAUUUAGCCCGUUAUAAUAACGGGCGCUAGAACAGUAGUGCAUAAACAUUAGUAGGAACAGUCUAUAUUAAAUGGCAAGGGACCUUGACCUGAUUCUUUUUGUUGGUCGUAUUUUUCUUUGUCUUUCAGCCUUUCUUUUGUUGAUGGUUUACUUGCUCAGCUGACCGUUCUUCGUGGGCUGCUACCGUGUAUUGUGUGUCUUUAAUUUUCUGUGACAGUAAUAUUGUCUUGUACGUCUGCUGGCUUGUAUGUCCGUAAUAUACCUUUAAUUUUCUCUGGCAGUAAUACAGGCGUGCUCGUCGGUAAUAUGCCUUUAAUUUUCUCUGACAGUAAUACUGGCUUGUAUGUGGCUGUAAUUUGCGUCACUGUAUUGUGUACCUUUAAUUUCCUCUCGCAGUAAUACUGGUUUGUAUUUCCGUAAAACUCCUGUAACUUUCUCUGACAGUAAUAUCGAGCAUCGCACCGUGUCCCGCGCAUGCGCACUUCACCAGAAGACACACAGACACCUGGACGCACACAGGGAUUUUAUUAAAGAGAAUACUAUAAAUGAUCUUAGUAAAUGGUGGUUGGCUUUAUUCAGUUUUUCUACAAAACAAAAAACUGAUGGUUGUCUUGGCAAUAGCGGAUGGAUUUGCUUGAUUCAUGUAUGCCAAGAUUUGUCCUGUAAAAGUGUUCGCUUUUACUAGGGAAUUAGAGUGAAUAUUUGAAAUAACUCUUGAUGACUUUUUUUCCAGCUCCCAUUUAAAUGAUUUUGAAAACAUGUGACAUGGUGUUUUAAAUAAAUAAUGCUUUAGCUUACUUUGUCAUGUCAGUGGAUUUUAAAGUAUUAUUCACUGUGGCAGUUAGUGCCUAGAUGUUAACUUUUAGCUACAACUAAAUCUGUGGAAAGAUCUGUGAUGAACAUGGCAAUUUCAGUUUUGCCUUCAUCCUCCAUGUUUUGUGGUUAUGCUACUUUUGCUGUACAUACAGACCCAGAUGCUGUGUUCUCUAGAUUGGGAUAAACUUAUUUUAAUGAGUUUGGAUGAAUGAAGAUUCAUGCUAUCAGGAAAAGUUUGAACAUCAUCUGCAAGAUAGCCUUCAAAGUUUUUGAAAGUGAUUGGAGUAACUGCCUUUACUGAUUGUUUUAUUGUUGGAUUUGAUGCUAGUUGCAUAUUUAAUGCAUGAGUGUUAAGAAAGGCAGUGUACAGUAAAAAGCUAUGGAAGUGUUAUGCAGGCUGGUGAAAAGUGGACUACUUUCUUGGGCCUUGACAGACAAGGGCUUUUAAUGAAAAGCAAUUGAAAUGAUAUAUAGUUUUAUUUUUUAAGGAAAAAUUGACACAUCACUGUUUAUGUAAAGACAGAUUGUUAAAAAUGGGGAUCUUUUUUGUUGGCAGUGCACUACUUUCCAUGUAAGUGACAUAUUCUUAAGGAUAGUAAAAUAUACAUUAACACAUUUACUCUGCAGCAGAUGAAUAUAUAUAAUACACAAUAAGUGGCAAAGGUCUUCUUUAUGCCUUUUUGUUAAUACUUGUCUCAAAUUAUAUUAGAACAUAUUUCAAAUAAAUUCCACCUUUUAUAAUACACUCACAUUAAGCUAAUUUAAAAAAAGAAUAGAGUUGAAAUGGAUUAGAACUCUUGCUUGCAAAACUGACAAUUGUCCAUGUUAAGGCUGAUUAAAAAAACUGGAUAUUCUUUUGUUUUUUACUUACAUUUUAUGACAUACAAACAAAAAAUAUCUUGCAACCUCAUUUUUGUUUUUUUGUUUUUUUUAGUACAAUGUAACUGACAGCAGAUUUCUUUUUGUUUUUUAAAUUCCUGCCUUGACCUUAUCAUUCUCAACUUUAUUGUAUUAAGUUGGUUGUUCAAGCAUAAAGUUUUAUAUGUGUUUUUGGGUCCUUGGCAUGCUUAAGAAAAAAAGCUACUAAAAUGCUACAUAAUAGCAUCAUAUAAAUUUGUGUAAUCAAGUUAUAUAUUUGGAAAAAAUUAAUAUGUACAACUGUCUUGUUCUGUUAUGUGCAUUUAUUUCCUUUUCUUAUGUACGUAUAUUGAAUGAAUGUUGAAUUUUAAUUUAAAAUAAAUUUUAAGUGUUUUUUGUUUUAAU